CUCCAUACUUUGAAGUGCUAGCUUGCCAGACUGUCAUAUGAACUGAAUUUCCGUGCUGAAGUCGCCUCGAGUCGCUGCCUUGCCACAACUCACCCUGCUGCCUUGAACUGCACCGUGUCAAUUGGCCCUCACAGUCACAUCGCCAGCUCAGGGGUGGAAUACAAGCAGGUAGGGCUCGGGGAGCCCGUCGAUUCCUGCAUUUCAGCGUCAUUAGCUAUGAUUGCACUGCGGCCUUCCACAACCGCCCCGCGAAUGACUAGCGCUCGUGCGGAUUGCGGAGCCACACUCAGUACCCGCUUCAUGGGAACUCAUGGCGCUACCUUCCAGCGCCCCACGUCGGCCCGCAGGCGCCCGGCAGUCGUCGCUGCCUCACAGCUGACGCCGGCCGCGCCAACUGUUGUCAGCGGCAAGGUCGCAGACCUCGCCGCAAAGCGCGCCAUUGGCAGGGCAGCGAAGAGUGUCCUAAUGCUGAGUACAUCCAACACUCAGCCUGGUGUCAACGAGUCGGAUGCCAGGACCACUACUGCUGAGGCCGUGGUGGCGGCCGCCCGCACCGUGUGCGCCGGCCUCACUGACGACCAGCUGCUUGCCGCGCUCAAGCUCGCCUACGCCCAUGCCGGCCCCGCCCGCGCGCUCAGCCUGGCCGCCCUGGCCCGGCGCGGCUCGGCCAUGCUUGCCGCCACCGCCCACGCCGCGCUGCGGGAGGGCUGCGCGGUGGCUGAGAAGCGGCAGCUUCUGCUGGAGGUGCUGGGCGGCGACAGCGCCAUGACCUUGGGCCUCAAGGGCGCCCUGAUACAGCUGCAGCCGGGACCGUCUGCCGCCGCCACCCCCGCUUCUGAACCUGUCACCGCCGACUCCAGCACCCCUGAGACCGCCACCGCCGCCGCGGCCCCCACCGAAGCCACCCGGGGCACCUCGUGGUUCCGGCGGCGUGUGCAGCAGCUGUCUGCUGCCGAGCUCGACGGCCUCAUGGCGGAGGGCGGCUGGCUGGACCCCGUGAUGACGCGGCUGCGGACGGCGCUCAAGGCCAGCGGCUGGAUCGUCAUGAUGGCCACGGCCGCCAAGAUCAGCCCCACGCUGGUUGAGGUGCUGCGUCGCACGCCCUGCCCCGCCGCAGCGCCCAGGGAGCACACCGUGCAGGCAAUCGCACGACUGCUCGUGUCUAACGGCCUUGCUCGCGCUCAGGCGCACGUCUGGCCGCUGACUGCGCAACGCAUUCUGGGCCUGAUCCACGAGUACCAGCGGCUGCUGAAGGCGCCCGAGGAGCAGCUGGCCCGCCGCGGCCUGACCAAGCUGGAGCUGCAGCUGGAGUUGGUGUGCAACAUCCACAACGCUAGCCAUUCUCAGGACGUCAGCCGCACAGCACUGUCCAAGGCCGUUCGCAUCGCGGUCAGUGGCGGCAUCGUGCCGGCACCCGUGGUGACGGCCACGGCUCCAGCGGCUGGAGGGGUCAAGGUUGGGGUCGUGCUGCUGGCGGAGGCGGGCGCUGCGACGGCUGCGCCCGCUGCCGCAGCUGUGCACACGGAGGUGCCGGCUGCGGCGACCGUUGCGGCGACAGGCGAGUUGGCGGAGGCGGCUGGCACGGCUAUCGAGUCUGCGCCCGCGGCUGCACCGGAGCGGACGGUGCAGCCAGAUGUGCUGACGGCAGCGAGCCCUCGACAGGUUCAUGCGGAUGCGGCUGCUCUUGGCGCUGUUUAAGGGGCGUGCAGCACUACCGUACCUGAUCCAGGGGGUGCUUACAAGACCACAUGCUGUACCAUAGUUGUAAUCGUAUUAGCUGUGGGUCGCGGCGGGGAUGGUCAUGUGACUCAUGUCACUUAAGUGUGCAUUUUACAAGAAGGGGACAAGAUACCUUCCCUCGCAUGGGAAAGUUGGGCUGAGCCACGUAUCUACGGUAGUCUGAGGCCGCAAGCGUCUACCUCAUCAUCUCCCGGACAUAGCCGGGGUCGGUUCGUACAGGCACGGCCCGCCGUAACGUGUCCAGCCACG